UCCCAGCAUUCCAUUUCACCGGAAACUGCAGGUUCGAUCGCUCGUUGCUUUUACCACGGAUCCGGUGAACUUUCCGUGCGAGAAGCGAGUUGUUAUCGAUUUGAUUUGAGUGGGUGUUUUGCCCAAGAUGUCUUUCCCUCCUCAUCUCAACCGGCCACAAAUAGGCAUCCCAACGAUGCCACCAGGAAUCCCUCCACCACAGUUUGCUGGAUUUCCACCAUCGAUGCCUCCCGGAACCCCAAUGAUUCCUGUCCACAUGGGGAUUAUGACUCCUGCCCCUACGGUUCUUGUGCCCACGACGAUGUCUGUGGUUAGUAAAAUGCCUGCUCCCAGGAAGGAAAGUGCGGCUGCUAGGGCAAAAGAUGACGAUGACAACAGCGGUCCCACAACCACUGUGUUUGUGGGGAACAUCUCUGAGAAAGCCUCUGACAUGCUCAUCAGACAGCUGCUGGCCAAAUGUGGUUUGGUGUUGAGCUGGAAACGAGUUCAAGGCGCCUCAGGGAAACUCCAAGCGUUUGGUUUCUGUGAGUACAAAGAGCCAGAAUCUACUCUACGAGCUCUACGGCUGCUACAUGAGCUGCAGAUUGGAGAAAAGAAACUUCUGGUCAAAGUCGAUGCCAAAACCAAAGCACAACUCGACGAGUGGAAAGCAAAGAAGAAGACCGCCAGUGAAAAUGGAAAUGGCAAGGCAGAGGACGCUGGUGAAGAGGAAGAGGAGGUUCUGGAUGAAGAAACUAAGAAGCGGGACCAAAUUGUUAAAGGUGCUAUUGAUGGCCUGAUCCGGGAGUACUCAAGCGAGCUCAAUGCUCCAUCACAGGACGAUGAGUCGAGUCGCCGCAAAAAGAGGAGAGACAAGAAGGGCGAGGAUGACAUCAAUGCCAUGGAAAUGGAAGAUGACAAAAGAGAUUUGAUUUCCAGGGAGAUCAACAAAUUCCGCGAUACCCAUAAGAAAUUGGAAGAAGAAAAGGGGAAGAGAGAGAAGGAGAGGCAAGAGCUGGAGCGCGAACGUAAGGAGAGAGACAAGGAGCGUGAGAGGGAGCGCGAACGCCGAGACCGUGAGCGGGAGAAGGACCGAGAGAGGGAGCAGCGCGAGAGAGAGCGAGAACGCGAGAGGGAGAGAGAAAGAGAUCGAGACCGCGAGCGCACGAAAGAGCGUGAGAGGGAGAGAGACUGGGAGAGGGACAGAAGUCGUGACCGCAGCGAAGACCGCAGUCGAUCCAGUUUUCUCCCCACUGAUGUACCGAACCCGUACCAAACCGUGACUUCAAUACCGAGAGAACAGAGUCGCGAUAGAGACCGAGAUAAGGAGAAGAAGCGCGAUCGUGAGGAAGAUGAGGAAGAGGCAUACGAACGGCGCAAACUGGAGAGGAAGCUGCGAGAGAAAGAGGCGGCGUAUCAGGAGCGUCUGAAGAACUGGGAGCUCAGAGAGAGGAAGAAAGCCAGAGACUACAGCAAGGAGACGGAGCGUGAGGAGGAACGCCGACGUGAAAUGGCUAAAGAAGGGAAACGGCUAAAGGAGUUUCUGGAAGACUAUGAUGAUGACAGAGACGACCCAAAAUACUACAAGGGCAGCGCUCUUCAGAAGCGACUGCGGGACAGAGAGAAGGAGAUGGAGCUGGAUGAACGUGACAGGAAACGGGAGAAGGAAGAGCUGGAGGAGAUCAGACAGAGGCUGCUAGCAGAAGGACAUCCUGAUCCAGACGCUGAGCUGCGCAGGAUGGAGGAAGAGGCAGAACGUUUACGUCAGCCGCCCGUGAAGCCUGAGCCUGAGGAGGAGAGGGAACACAAACCCACUCGAGAAGAGCGAGACCGAGGCAGGGAUCGAGAUCGGCGUAAGGUACCCGUAGAAACUCAUGCUCACAUCCCCUCUGAUGAUGAUGUAGAGGAAGGGGAGGAUCUAGAGGAUGAAGAGGAGUCUAAGCCCUGCCUCAAACCCACCAUGCGGCCCAUCAUGGCCGCCCCCUCAGUGUCUUCAGCCAGCGGUAACGCCACUCCCAACACGCCCAGAGAAGAGUCGCCCUGCGGCAUAAUCAUCCCUCACGAGAACUCGCCACCAGAGGUCCAGCUCCAGGAUGAGAACCGCCCCAAGAUCGGCCUUAGCCUCAAACUAGGUUCAUCCGGUAGCCCGGGACAGCCCAGUGUAGCCAAACGGAAGAAGCUGCCGGUGGAAAGCGUCUUUAACCGCUUUGACGACGAUGAGGUGGACGAGGCACCUCGGAAAAGGAAGCUGGUGCCUUUAGACUAUGAGGAUGAGGAGAAGGGAGCAGACUUGGGUGUGGUGGGCGGCGGCAAAGGAGUCAAUACGGAAGAGAAGCGCAAACACAUCAAGAGUCUGAUCGAGAAGAUUCCCACUGCCAAACCAGAGCUCUUCAACUACCCGCUCGACUGGUCCGUCGUCGACACGACACUUAUGGAGAAGCGUAUUCGACCAUGGAUCAAUAAGAAGAUUGUGGAGUACAUUGGUGAAGAAGAAGCCACAUUAGUUGACUUUGUUUGCUCCAAGGUGAUGGCCCACAGUACACCACAAGGGAUCUUAGAUGACGUUGCGAUGGUGCUGGAUGAAGAGGCCGAGGUCUUCAUAGUUAAAAUGUGGAGGCUAUUGAUUUAUGAAACUGAAGCCAAGAAGAUUGGACUUGGGAAAUGAACAAGCAUUGAAUGCAAAUGAACUUUGCUUUUUACUUCCCGUUUGGGCUGGACAGCUCAUCUAGGUUUAAAAACAACUUGGGAAACUCAGACCAUUUCCAAACUUUGGAGUUAAUAAAUAUUGAGCCGUUUCAUUUCUCACGUCCCAGACGCCUCCACAAGACUGCGGCAGCCGCGAGCACCGACUCUAAACGUCUGUUUUUAUCUACCGAGAGGAAGAGGUUUGAUUUCUCAGGGCCUUCCUGUUGAAUCCAUCUUCAGUGUAGCGUCAUCUUGCCCAGUUAGCGGUUCUUCCUGUGAGUACCCAUUGUAAAUUCUUACUGUAUUGAUUGCCAAUCACGUCCGGGUUGUGAUUUUACCAUUUCUGUUCUUUUGGUCGCCCUCACCAACCGUACCAAAGAGUUUUCCCCAGUUGUUUCGCUAAAACAAAACCAGUUGAUUGGACCCCACACUGUUCAGAAGGUCUCUCGCUAAACUGAAUUACAUGAAAACGAUUGUCUUUGUUUUUGUACUUAUCAGUGGAUGUGUUUUGAAUAAAAGUGACUUUUUUUUUUUUUUUUAGUAAAAUCA